UCUUGGCUUCAUAUUACAAGAGAGCAUCUCAAAACUCCACGUGCAUGUUUUCUUUUCAUUUUAUUGUUCGUGAUAUUUUUCAUUUCCAUGAGCAUUGGCUACUCGUGUCGUUAGGGUGUCAUCAAAAGCAAUUUGGAAAAUGGAACAAUGUCUUGCUAUUUAUUGCAUAUCGACUUUUUUUUACAUAGAAGUAUUAACAAUAGUCAGAUUUACGUAAAAACAGAUUUGAGGUGAUACUAGAUAUUUCAUUCAGGGGUAACUAUUGCUGGAUGAUAUGGAAUGUGAAGCAGAUCUGAAAUUUAUUUCAACUAUUAAUUAAAUGGAAUAAGAUAAUGACUCCCAUCAUUAUCUAAUUGACUAUUGAGUUAAUUAUUAGGUGUCUAAUUAGCGACGGAGAUGUCCGUUGUACUGACUAAAUCGAAUUUAAAUUCACAGGGAUUUCGGUAAUGUUUUCUAAACAUACCGCUAGUAGCUUGUAACCGAGUGUUCCCCAUGCUCUGAUCAAUCACAGGUGGUCACUUAAUUUUUAACGACCGACUAAUCUUUGGGAGAUCAUUGGUCAAUCCAUCAUUAGAUUUGGCACAAUAGCAACAACCAGGGACUAGAAUUCUACAUUUUGGUAUGCUACACGUCGUUCAUAACAGCAUCAAAAAUUACAAGAAACUAAGGGGGUAAGCCCCUAAAAAUGAAUGCUGGGAUAACUCUUUUUGGGUUUCAUGACGCCCGCAGUGGACUAAAAUGUGAUCUGCAUUGUUUCUAAUCAUUCAAACAUAUCACUUGAUGCGUUCAUGAAAUCGUUAAAAUGGGAAACGAUAAACGCCCCGAAGAGCCACCAGUAUAUACGCGUGUGGAGGUGUUGUACGAGGAGCUACAGGAUGACAGCGUAACACAACAUGAAGGCGAACCCCAAGCGGAGAAGGAGGAGUGUAUCAAUAGGCGAGUGUUAGUGCCUAAAGCUUUUUACACGUCCUUCUAUACCGGAAUAGGCGCGCUGUACCCUUACCUUCCAAUGUACUUUAAGCAGCUCCACCUGAGUCCCAACCAGACGGGCAUGCUGAUUGGCUCCCGCCCGCUCAUACAGUUCCUGGCGACACCUGUGUGGGGUGUCAUUGCAGACAGGUUCUGUAAGGGGAAGGUGAUCUUGCUGAUGUCGGUGCUGGGUUGGCUGCUGUCCAAUGCGUUACUUGCUCUAGCGCCCGACACCCGUCACACGAUAGUAUGCGAGUACGACCCCUUGUCGGAUGACGAGCGCAUGCCCUUGAGACGCCAACUCACGCCUUAUAAGACUUUUACGAGUAAGGCGGUAACUUGGUCACGCAAUCACUCACGCAAUAUGUCGAUCCAAGAUCAUGGUAACCUCCCUCGACCCUGGGCCCUGCAGCUUGUGGACGAGCCUGUCACUAGUCUCCAUGACAACGUCACGGCAGAAAAUCACGUGUUUACCUACCUGUUUGUGGUUACAGUAGUCGGGACUUUGGUUUCUGCUCCAACGCACGUGAUGGCGGACACAGCCACCCUGACCACCCUAGAAGGGCAGCUGCACAAAUACGGGGGAAUCCGACUUUGGGGGUCCCUAGGGUGGGGGAUAGGGGGGUUUUCUGUUGGCGCCGCAGUGAGCAAUAAUCAUCAAUCUCGCUGCAAUGGCGAAGUUGUCAUUGACUAUCUACCUUGUUUUUAUGUUUACAUCGUUGCUAUGGCGACAGCGCUUAUUUGCGCCACGCAGUUCCAGUACAAUGCAGACUCAGGGGCGGAGUCGUGUAAUCGACAAGGCAUCAUGGCGGCUCUGAAGGUGUUACGCUGCCCACAACACUGCUGUGUGCUGGUUAUCGCCUUCUACUGCGGUUCAGCCACGGGAUUCAUCGAGACUUUCCUCUUCUGGUAUCUGCAUGAGCUAGGAGGUGAUCAGCUAUUGUAUAGCGUAGUAAACGGCACCAACUGCGCGGCCGAGGUACUAGUGUUUAUGAUAACGGACCGGCUCAUUACCCGUCUUGGUCAGGUAACGAUUAUCUACCUCGCGUUGGCUUGUUACGCGCUGCGCUUUGUGUAUUUUUACUGUCUAACGAGCCCGUGGUGGGUGCUGCCAGCGGAGAUCCUUCAGGGUAUUACGACGGCGGCGUUUUGGGCUGCCUGUGUGUCAUAUAUUGGGCUCCACCCCGGGGCCUCUCAUACUCUGCAAGGCAUUCUGAACGCGAUGUACAUGGGACUUGGGUUUGCAGCAGGGGGAUUCUUUGGCGGAGUGGUGGUCCACCUUGUAGGUUUACCCGACGCGUUCCUCGUGUUUGGUGCAGCAAGUCUGGUGUUACUGGUCAUCUUCGUCACUCUCAAUCACGUGACGAAGAGACGAUAAUCACGUGACGAAGAGACGGUAAUGGACCGUUUUCCGGAUAAUGGAGUUCUUUAAAUCGAAAAAUUCUUUCACAGGUCGGAGUUUUUUUUGCAGUGAUCGUGAACUUUUUUCUUAAGAAAACAUGAAGCGACCUUGUUGCAAGGGCUACGGUUCGUUUAAAAAAAUAGUUGCAAGACGGCUAUAAACAAACGCUGGCCAAGCAAAGCCUACAUUAUCUGGAAGCUGCCCAUUGAAACUUCAGAUGAGUACAAUGCAAUAGAACAACAGACAAUCAAAAAUGUGUUUUUUAUUACACUUUACAAUAACAUAUUUUUGUAAAAAUUGCAUAUUUACAACAGCCUGUUUUCAUGUCGCUAAUAGCCAAUUUGACAUGUCAUGAGACCAUGAACCAAAAUCAACACAUAGCGACAAGGCACUCGGGUUAAUUGCCUCAGAAAGCAUUUUGAGCGCAAGAGACAUGCAACUUAUGGGCCUGCGUGAAAACACAGAUCUACUAACCAUUUACCCUCGAACCUUGUUCCCAUUCGCUCGUACCAGGCGCUCGUUUUUCGAAACACCCGAGAAUUCUCGGGCCGGCAAACUUUAUUUUGCAUUUUUGCCCAAAAUUUCGCAUGUUUUCCUUUUCGAGAACCGCUUUCAUGUUUUAGAACAGUUUAAACUUCCUCUUGGUUCAUUUUUCGAAUGAUUACGCUCAAUAGGGCUAUUUUCGAAGUUUUGCUGAAGCCAGAAAGUUACCCGAAAAGUUUCGGGUGACUGCGAGGUCCCGAGAACUUUUUUAAUAUUUAAGCCAUGUGCAUUUCGGGCCCGAGAAGUUCGGGAAAGAUCAAAAUCUAUAAAUCUAUAAGAGAAUCAUCCUUUAUAUGAAUCUUUGUUGUAAAAUAUGAUAUUUGAAUAUGAUAUUUGAUAUUUCAACACAUUUAGAUACCAUAAAUUUUAUAGAAAUUAGCCAGCUUUUAAAAUUUAAAGAAUAAAUCGUUUUCGGGCCCGAGAAUUCUCGGGUGUUUUGAGAAACGAGCCCCAGUUCUCUUAGGAGAUAUUGAGCCUUAGCGUUGUAUCAAAGUGACGGUUACUAAUACUUGGAUUAAACUUUGCUGGCAAAGUAA